AAAAAAAAAACCCGAAUAUUUUGGGGGUUUCUUUUCCAGUUUUCACUGAUAAUGAAUUAAAAUCAGCUUGGCUGGCUGGUUGAGCCAAUUAUUUUUCAAUUCGGUAAGUUUUUCAUUUCACUAAUUCCUAGAUCUAUCUGCUUAAUUUAUCGUGUUGUGUGAGUGAGUUGAUGAGAUGAAAGAAGCAAGUAGAUCUAGUAAAAACCAAGCUCAACUUACCAGUGGUGAUUCUGAUUCUGAAUCUGAAUCAUCCACUGAUAAUUCAGAGGUAUCCUCUAGUGAUAAUUCUUCGUCGUCCGAAAACCGAAAAGAUGUGAAAAAAAGUGAAUUAGAUGUGUUUGAAUUUGAUGAAUAUGAUGAUGAUGAUGGGUUUGAGUAUGCUUCUAGUAUUAAGAAUAAAAUUAGUGCUGCUAAUAAUAAGUGGAAAGACUUGUUUAGUCCAAAAUUAGAGUCUCCUAGAGCUAAAAACGAUAAAAAUGAUACCGUUAUCGCUACUAGUCCUAGCCCGGUUAAGAUGGACAUUGAUAAUGAUGACGAUGAUGAGGAAGCGGAUAUGACUCUUUCUGUAUGGACAAAAAAGUACCGAGCUUCUUCGGGCAAACGUGUUAAGUCUGUAGAGAAAAAUGGCAUUGUGGAGGUAACGGUAAGUAAGAAUAGUGAUAGUGAGGAGAAGAAAAGUAGUUCUGAUCAUGGUCAAGAAACCGAGCUUAUAGUUCCGAGUAAGAUGCAAAAGGCGGGUGCUUUACUGACGGAAAGUAGUGAUGAUCAUGCACAAGAAACCGAGACUAUUGUCCCGCAACAGAUAGUUGCUUCACUGACAAAAAGUAGUGAUGAUCAGACACAAGAAACCAAGCCUAUAAUCCUGUACAAGAAAAGGUCGCGUAGAGAUGGACAUGUUUCCACGCCUGAAGAUAGUGUUAAGAAACAAGUAGAUAUUGGGACACCAGUUUUGACGAAGAGAAAGGAUCAGUCAAGUGAUAAAAGUAGUAGGAAACGGAAACGGGUUAAAAAUGAAGGGUUUGUUAAAGAACUGACUGAGGAAGAUACUGAAAGUAAGGGCAAGGGAAGCGAGGUUAAGGCUAGUGGUGGCACUGAAAAGCAAAUAUUGAGAGAAAAGAUUAAGGAUAUGCUUCUUGCUGCAAAUUGGACUAUUGAUUAUAGACCAAGAAGGAACAAAUCUUACAUGGAUGCUGUCUAUAUUAGUCCUGCCGGAACUGGUUACUGGUCUAUUGUGAAGGCUUAUGAUGCGUUUCAGAAGGAAAAGGAAGAUGAUAUUGAAGAUGGUAGUGGCUUUACUCCCUUACGUGAUGAAGUACUUGGUAAAUUAACACGGCAAACACAAAAGAAGAAACAAAGAGAAAUGAGAAAGAAGAGAAAAUAUGAAGAUGCAGAUGAUUCAGACAGUUAUAAGGAAGAGAAAAGUGGAAGAAAAAGCAGGAAAAUUGGCAGAGGUACGUUGUUGGUUCGCGGGUCUGACAAGGGAUCAAAUUUAGAAAAUGGCUUUGAAGCGUAUUCAGGAAAGCGGACCUUACUCUCGUGGUUAGUUGACUCCGGUGUGGUGCAUAUGAAUGAGGAUGCGAAAUACAUGAACCCUAGGAAGACACGAGCGAUGCAAAAAGGGUCUAUUACUAAAGAAGGAAUCAAUUGUGGUUGUUGUAGUGAAGUUGUAACGGUUUUUAAGUUUGAGGAGCAUGCUGGAAGCAAACUCCGGCAGCCAUUUCUAAAUAUCUUUUUGGAGUCAGGAAAGUCACUAAUGCAGUGUCAGAUUGAUGCAUGGAAUAAACUAGGAGAGUUGGAGCAAACGGGGUUUUACAAUGUAGAUGUUGACGGUGAUGAUCCUAAUGAUGAUACUUGUGGCAUCUGUGGUGAUGGCGGGGAUUUGAUCUGUUGUGAUGGAUGUCCAUCAACCUUUCACCAGAGUUGCUUGGACAUACAGAUGCUUCCCCAAGGUGAUUGGCUUUGUCUUAACUGUUGUUGCAAAUAUUGUGACGGCAUCUGCACCGAGGUUGAUGGUAAAACCAAAGAUUCACUUUUAGCGUGUCGCCUUUGUCAGAAAAAAUAUCAUGAAUCUUGCAGGCCAGAAAUAGAUGACAAGCCAAUUAAAUCCAAUUAUAUGAGCUCGUCUUUCUGCGGAAGCAAGUGUCACGAGUUAUAUGAUCACUUGCAAAAGCUUGUUCGGGUGAAGCACGAACUGGAUUCAGAAUUUUCAUGGUCUCUUAUUCAUCGAUCUGAUAUCUCCAUAGAGGCACCUCCGGUAGAACUUUCGCAACGAGUAGAAUACAAUUCUAUGCUGGCUGUGGCUAUGUCAGUCAUGGAUGAGUGUUUUUUGCCUUUUACUGACAGGCGAAGCGGGACCAAUUUAAUUCGUAAUGUGGUCUUUACUUGUGGAUCCAACCUUAGCCGGUUAAAUUAUAGUGGUUUCUAUACAGCCAUUCUAGAGAGGGGGGAUGAAGUUGUUUGUGCUGCAUCAAUCAGGAUACAUGGAACGCAACUGGCAGAGAUGCCAUUUAUUGGGACUCGUCAUCUAUAUAGACGACAAGGGAUGUGUAGUCGACUAUUAUCCGCGAUUGAGUCGGCACUUUCCUCCCUCCAAGUUGAAAAAUUGAUUAUUCCUGCAAUUGCUGAACACAUGAAUACAUGGACUGAUGUUUUUGGCUUCCAUCCAUUGGAGGAAUCACACAAACAAGAACUAAAAUCUCUGAAUAUGGUGGUGUUUCCUGGGACUGAUAUGUUACAAAAGCCGCUAGUGAAACAAGAUGCCCCAGGUACCCUCCCUGAAGAUAUUGUCAAAGUAGAUUACAUCAAGGACAUGUCAGAAAAAAAAUCUGAUUUGAUAUCUUCUGAAGAGAAUGAUAUUAGUGACGAGACCCAUAAUGCAGAUUCUGGGUCUGGAGAACAGAGUGUUCCUUUAGAUGAUGGUUGUGCUAUAGAGACAAGCGAGGAGAUGCUUCCCCGUAAUUCUCCUGGUAAAGAUCAUGGUAUUCCUUGUGAGCCUAAACUUAUGAUUUCUGUAGAUGCACAUAUUGAAUCAGCUACAAAUGAUUCUACUGUAAUGGAAGCUAAUAAGAUUACCCCAGAAGUUCAACUCUCAGGAAAGAAAUCUGUUUCAGCGAAUUCACAUAUGCACACCAAUGUAGAAGAAACUACUGCGCAGAAUGGUGAUGGGUCUAAUCUACUUCCAGUCCAAAUGGAUGUACAUCCUGACACCAAUGUAGAAGAAACUAAUGUGCAGACUGGUGAUGGGCUUAGUCUACUUCCAACCCAAGUGGAUGUACAUCCUGACACCAAUGUAGAAGAAACUAAUGUGCAGACUGGUGAUGGGCUUAGUCUACUUCCAACCCAAGUGGAUGUACAUCAAGACACCAAUGUAGAAGAAACUAAUGUGCAGGCUGGUGAUGGGGUUAGUCUACUGCCAAUCCAAGUGGAUGUACAUCCUGACACCAAUGUAGUAGAAACUAAUGUGCAGACUGGUGAUGGGGUUAGUCUAGUUCCAACCCAAGUGGAUGUACAUCAAGACACCAAUGUAGAAGAAACUAGUUUGCAGAAUUGUGACGCAUCUGAUCAACUUGCAACCGUAGUGGAUGUAGAUAUCGUCACAAAUGUAGAAAAAACUAGUGUGCAGACUGGUAAGAGGUCUAUUUUAUUUCCAACCCAGGUGGAUGUACAUCCCGACACCAAUGGAGAAGAAAAUGGUGUGCAGACUGUUGAUGAGUCUAAUCUACUUCCAUCCCAAGUGGAUGUACAUCCCAACACCAAGGUAGAAGAAACUAAUGUGCAGACUGCUGAUGGGUCUAAUCUGCUUUCAACACAAGUGGAUGUACACCCCGACACUAAUUUAGAAGUAAAUAGUGUGCAGAAGACUGAUGUGUGUCCUGACACAAAUGUCGAAGAAAUUAGUGACGGAUCUAAUCUACUUCCAAACAAAGUGGUUGUACAUCCAGGCAUAGACGUGGAAGAAACUAGUGUCCAGAAGACUGAUGUACAUCUCGACACAAAUAUAGAAGAGACUAGCGUGCCGACUGGUGACGGGUCUAUUGUACUUCCAACCCAAGUGGAUCUGUGUCCCAACACCAAUGUAGAAGAAGCUAGUUUGCAGAAGACUGAUGUACAUUCCGAGGAAAAUGUCAAAGAAGCUAGUUUGCAGACUGGUGACGGGUCUAAUCUACUUCCAUGCAAGGUGGAUGUACAUCCCGACACAAACUCAGUAAAAACUAGUGUGCAGCAGCAGAUUGAUUUACACCCAGACACCAAUUUAGAAGAAGCUAGUGUGCAGACCGGUAACGGGUCUAAUCUACUUUCAACCCAAGUGGAUGUAAAUCACGAGACCAAUGUAGAAGAAACUGGUGUGCGCCAGACUGAUGUACAUACCAACACGAAUGUAGAAGAAACUAUUGUGCAGACUGGUGACGGGUCCAAUCAAGUUUCAACCCAAGUGGAUGUACAUACGGAGACCGGUGUAGAAGAAGCUGCUUUGCAAACCGGUGAUAGGUCUAAUUUAGUUUCAACCCAAGUGGAUGUACAUACUGACUCCACGGUGGAAAAGGUUAAUGUUCAGAUUAACGGUACAGUUUCUUCAAAGUUACUUUGUGAGCGUGAUGUCGAGUCUUCUAGAAUGGAAUCUUUUUCCAUGGAAGCCCAUGUUGCCGUGAGGGUAGAUGAAUCAUCUGCUGAUGUCAAGCCAGUCAUUCCAGAGACUGGAAAUUAUGCUGAAAAAGAAAAGGUACUCUUGUCUGCAGGAAAAGAAGGUUCAUGUGAAAGCUAAUUACACAGGAAAGGCAAAAGCUCAAAACGGUUUUGAGUGGGCUGCAUUUAGAUGCUCAAGCUGUGCAAAUAGAAAUCCCAUGUACCUCAAAGGAGUUAACAAUAAUUUCACCACUGCUUUUAUCUACCAGUAGGUUAUUGGGAAGAUAUAUAUUGAGGGUUUUUUAGUGUUCUUUACUUUUAGUCAUUGUUGAGUUAAAUUUGUAGAGUUCCCUUAUUGUAUUGUAUCGUAAAGACAAUAAUAGAAGCAGACUUGGUAUAGGAAUGUUGUAUCAAAAUAGAAUCAUCAGUCUAACAAAACCAUUGAUGUCAGUGAGACUUCUUAGCUUAACACUAUUUUUCGCAUAUCAUUUAAUCUUGUUUGUAGAUUUUGUUUAUCCGUAAAAAAUCUCAACAGUAAACUUUGUAAUGUAUCAAUUUCGAGUGGAGUGAGUCCCCCAAAAGCUUUGGCAUAUCA